UUGAGAGUUGGAUUCAGUGUUAUUGUUCAUUUCUGGUUGGAAUUGCGUGAAGUUCUUUCCGGCUUCUUCGUUUCGGUGCUGCUUGGAGGGUGGGUUUUCUUCGUUGUCACUUUCGCUAUUUUUGCGUCUUCUGUUAUUUAAGGUUUCAUCGCCCAUGUGUUCACUACACACUUCACUUCUAUUUACGAUUACCGGGACAGAUGUCGUCUCUAUGGCGGUUCAAACGGAAGCUUUCCGGGGUACUUGGCCCUCAUCACCGAUACAAAUGCAUUGCAAAACAUAAACAUAGGAUACGGAUGUAAAAUUAUUUCAUUUCUGUACAAUAUACAAGUUUAUUUGAAAUAGUAUCUCUUAUAAAAUUCUAGUUUACAAGUAUUUUAGUUACGGGUUUUCUUGAUGAAAAAUAUACUUUGAUGACAUGGGAUGUUUCAAACCGCAUGAAAUUUGCAUCCAUGACCUUAGCAAGAGCAGCAAGAUCCCUCAGCAAAUCACGCAAUGUCUGUCUAUUUCUGCCGAAUUUUGCGAAUAUUUUAGGACCGGCCGGUGAAACAAACUCAAGAAACAUGGGAAAGUCCAGUAAGGCGAAGGGAAGCAAAGGAAAAGAGACCCAGGCAGAUGCUGGAAAAUCUGCUUCAGAUAGCCCAAUCUAGUUCAAUGGCAAUGUCUUAUACACACUCAUUUUAUUACCAUCUACAGACAUAUCAUGUGAGGGUGUUGGGGUGCAAAUUGGUGCUCCCCCUAUGGAUGGAGAAGCCAAUGCAGAACUUGUGAAGUUUCUUGCCUCGACACUUGGAGUUCGGAAGAGUGAUGUUAGUCUAGAAAGGGGAUCUAAAUCAAGACAGAAGACAGUAUGUGUGAGUGGGUUACAAGCAGAGGAUGUGGAGACAAAGAUUAGAAAUUUAUGUUCUUAAUUUUCUAAGUUUCUUGUUAUUUUUUCAUUAUCAAGCAUUGGAUUGGAAGCUCUUCUUCAACUGUGUAUCAUCAACAAGUU